UGCGCGAUGACAUUGCCACGUGGACGUCGGCACGUGAGGACGCGAUGACGUUGACAACUGUCGGGAGGUCAAGGGUUAAAGUGUCCAUUUCUGUUGAAAGUCUGUUUAUUUUAAUUGUGCAAUUGUAGUUUGUGGUAACGUAGCGGUCGUUAUAAUGAAGUAAGAUUUUUGUUUUAAUUACGCAACGACAACUUUCUGUGACCAACGUGAAGUAUAAUGAAGUAAAUUCCACAAUAUCAACGGCAAGAGGAGGCAUUCUUCCAGCAGCUAUAAUCUGUUUAUGCAAGCUGAUUUAAAUGGGGAAGACAAAGCACAAGCGACCGAAGGAGGUGCAGUCGUUAACUCUGGAAGCCUGCACUCGCAAACGUAGCAAAGCGGUGCCCUCAGAGGCCCUGCCUCAGGUGGCACCCGCGAAAUCGCCAGACCAUUCUCAGAACGUCAACAAUAAAGAUACCCGCGUACCCAGCUCAGAGAAACAUGGCCCAGACAGAAAGGCCAACGACCCCAGCAGCAGCGACAGUGGCAGCAAACGCACCUCAGGGCCUUCCGGAAAGCGCUUGGGUAACCGGCUAAAGCAUAUAUGGCGGAAGACACACAGGGAACGAAACCACUCCUCCUGCACGUUGCUUCAGCGCGGUGCUAGCAAGGUGACGGGCAUGGUGGCCAGGGAGGAGACCGACAGUAAACGCUGCCAGGCAACAUUGCACAAGCCCAGCAGGAAAGAGUGCAAUGAGAGGGGAAAUCAGGCAGAGGCCAUCGUCGUCAAUCCAAUGCAGAGGACAGUCCUGGGUGACGUGCAGAACACGUGCCAGCUGAUCACGCAGAACCGGCUCACGCAGCGCCUGGGACUUUUCAGCCAGAUGGUGGAGUCAGAAGAUAUCAACAAUUUACUGGCCCAAGCGGCAGUUAAACCGUCCAAGACGAGAGGUGCUAAGAGUGAUAUGUGCCACAGAAAGAUGCAGAAAGCGAAACGGGAUGAAUCUCUCAGGUCGACUGCGCUUCAGUCCAAGGUGAUCGUUGAAUUAAUCAAAUCUCCUUCAGAAUUUUCACAAAUGGAGUCUGUGAGCCACAGCACGCCUCUUAGCUUGGCACGAGACAGAGCCUCUUUGUGUUCUUCUCUGCAAGGUUCACAGCUCGCAGCCGGCCAUGCGGAACGUGCUCACAGAAAUUCCAAAGCUUGCGAGGAGCCUGGCACAGAUGAAAGGGCUACAAAGAUCCGCUCCCCCGCAGAAAGCCUCAGGUCGCACACUGGUGUGGGCAGAAAGAAAAAGAAGAAUAAAAGGCACAAAGACCAGGGGAAGCCAGAGUUAACUAGAGACAAAGAGAAAAUGAGUUGUUGCCCAAAAGAGACAGGCGGGGCUGACAACGAAUGCAUCGAUGGUGGACACUGGGACGCAGAUACAGUGAGUUUGACAUUUAAAGCUGCAAAAACCAUGCAGCACUUCUUGGAUUCUCGCACUUACUUCCCAGGUCGGCGCUUGGCGUUAGAGCACCGGCGCCUCCUCAUUUCGUGUAUAAACUCAUCGCACCAUCUUGAAGAUCCAAGCCUUGGACGGAUGUCCUUUCCCGGGGUGGCGCCACCACCUACUCAGGUGAUAGAGGGACCCAACGCUCUGGGUGGUGCACCCCCGCCUGUGGUUCAGUGGCAGAGAGGGUUCUUUGAAAGGGAGAGAGAAACCAGUGCUUGCUACCAAAUGUCUAAUAUGUGUUUCCAGACCUGGCUUCACAAGCAACAGCAGGCCAAGUCCUUUCUGCAUGACCAUGCAGCAGCCCUGUGUCCACUCCCCACAAUGUUCUAUCCAGCAGCUGUCAGCGAUCCCACUGUGAUGUCAACCCCUCUCUCGAACUUCGCCCUCUCAUUUGGUCCCAACUUCCAACCUGCUCCUGUUGCCGCUGCAGGUAGCUGUUUUGAAAAUGUCUCUCAAAUCCGCCAGUUCCUGCCUCCAGUUGGGGUUGCUGGCUUCGCUCCAAAAGCAUGCGACCGACGUACUCUGAAGCCUCACAUGCUGCACCAGUCGGAGGUGGUGAGGUGUGAGAAUUUUUCACGGCGGUCAAGGGCAGCGGCUCAUAGCCCAGAAGAUGCGUUUGUGCGUGAUCACCAACCCUGCACGAGCAACGGCCACUUCUGUGCCUUUGUAGACAGCUUCCCAGCGCAUGUCGCCAGGCAGCCUGACGAGGCUAGGCCACGUGAGCAGUUUCCUUCGAAUGGUCAAUUUGCCUUUGAACAACACGGUAUGCGUGAGUUUCAUCGCGGUUUGUCGCAGCACCACGUUAACCCGGAGUCUGCCCAUAACAAGGAGUGGUUCGACCAUCGGGCUAACACUCACCAGAAGUAUUUGCGUUACCCGGAGCCAGCAAAGGUUCCCACACAUCCCCAGCUCGCGUUUUCUGCCUCGGAUUACAAUCUGGAGGAAUGGGAGUAUCCCCGAAUGUACAUGUAUUGAACGGUGUUUGACAAGUGCGUAAUUGUUGGCAGCCAAAGACUGCAUAUUGGCACAAAUUAAUGACUGGCGGGAAGCAGUUGUUUUGUGAUGUGGCUAAGAAGUGUUCGUAUUUUGUAAAGUUGAAGUAUGAACAUUGGAUUAAUUCAGUUUACAAUAGCUUAUGAAAAGGUUGAGGAUCGAUUUCUUGGGCCGUAUGACCAAUUGUAGCAGUUGCGUGAAGAUGUGCCAUUACGAUUCCAAAUGUGUGCAGCUUAUGUAAUCACAAACGUGAAGGGAGUCACAUUUUUAAACAAGCAUCCAUCUUUCAGUGAAGCUUACUUAUACUUUAUAUUUGCCUAAAACUAAGGUAUUUAUAUACAUUUUUCGAGGAAUUUAUAAGAGAACUGAUUUAACUCGUACAUAAAUAAAUGGGUUACUAGAUUACCCAGAUUGCACCUGAUUUAGUUUGAUCUUAGAAACUAGCAGAUUAAAGGCCGGAUGUGCUUGGAUGGGCAGCCACCAUGCAUAAACCAAAGGCUGCUGUGGGGCUAUAUUGCCACCAGAGAGAAGUGCAGAAACAGCCAUUGUGAUAAUGUACCAUGCUCCACCUUCAAGUUGUUCUGACCAGUGUGAUGAAGUUGGGUUAAAUAUCCCCAUGAUCCACACAGCAUGGAGAAGUGGCCCUCGUAAGCAGUGGUUUGACAAAAGCGCUGCACAUGUACAUUACAAGAGUAUCAAUUGAACAAACUUUUUAGAUAUAGGAUACAAUGUUAUAUAUAUUGUCUUUUGUUACAUUUUACAAUCUAAUGCAUGAAGGUAAAUUUGUUCUUAUAAGUUACUUUUACUAUUCGAAACAUUUGUGGCUGAAACCAAUACAACAUCGCUAGCACUAUGUAAUUUGUUGAAUUUGUUUAAUGUAUAUGACAAUAUUUUUGUCGAUUUUUAUAAUAUAUUUGAAAGUGGAAGAAAAUGAAAUGAAUUGAGAGCUUUCCUUAUGUUUAAAAUUAUUUAUUUUUGAAACCACAUGUUUGGAUGUUUUGCAGCUUUUGCCCAUGCAUUCCUGCCUGAUUCGCAUUAAACUGUCUUGUCAUCUCAGGAAGCAAUGCAUUGCUUGGCAGUGUGUUUGAUUUUAACCUGCUGUACGACCUUGGUGAAAUCUGAGUGGAGAAUGUACGCUUUGGCCAAUCAAAAUAGGGAGUCGACGCAUGGCCAAGACCAAAAGGCUUCGUUUAACUAGACAGAAUCCUCAAUCUUUUUUUGCAUCUGAUAUCCUUUCAUACAAUGAGUAUGGAUCCUUUCUGUUGAUAAAAAAAACCUAAUUUUAUCACAUGAAUUGAACUUAAUUCACGUGCAAAAAUUAUGGUUAUCCAUUCGUCGUAUGUGAAAAAAAAAUGCGUGGUUGUACCGAUCAACAUCGCGAAAGUGCGUCUGAAAUGGGUUUUGACUUGCAAAUACCACUUUGUUGAUACAUCUAUUGGUUUAUUUUUAUGGGUUUCAACUAAUUAUAUAAACAGAAAAUGUAGGUUUUCAUAGCCAACACAUCAUAAACGUAACUGACCUGAUUAUAUUGCGAGGUGGCAGAGGAUUGCGCACCCCUCGCCAACAUUUAAUAACUAAGAGUGGACUAAUUAUUUGAUUUCGUCGACUAGACUAGAAUUCCUGAGAUAAUCUUUAACAGAAAUCCAUUGGCUAAGAUUUGACUCACGAUCUGCAAUUUGUUGUGAAUUUGCUUAAGACCAUGACUUAAGAUAUUUAAGAAUGCGAAUUGUCGCCAGUUUAGAGAUAGAUCUGUGGCUCAUUUCAUUGACGUAGUAAAAAGGAAGUUGGCUCUAAUUGCAUCACGUUCCAAAGUACAGAGGAGUCGGAAUCACCACACACCUCUUCGUCAUUACCAAGGCCGGAGGAAAUGUUUACUGUGAGGUUUAAGAGUUAUGUUCGUUGUGCUAAAACAUCAUGCAUUACAACCCCCUGUCUGUCUUACAUAACAUCGUGGGUAAAAUAUAAACAGGGUGAUUAAAAUCAGGGAAUGUCUAAGUAUGAGCAAGCCAGUAUAUUUCGAGCCUGUAAAUGAGUAAACGCACUGCUGCCGUUAUGUAAUCAUUGCGAGUCAUGUUUGAGUGGAACGUGUGUCGUGUAUUUCAUUAUUCAACGUAGACUUUGGCGCAAAUUGCCGAUUCAUCGGUUACGGGGAAGUUAAAUAAACUUUUACACAAUUUUUCCAUAAA